CUGAAGUGUUGCAUUUCCAGUAGGACGAGGUGGACGUGACAUCGGUUUAACUCAUGGAUUAUGGACUGUUCUUCAUUGCACUGUCAGGAGCACUGGUCAGCGUCGCCUUUGCCCAGUCUCGCCAGUACUACUUUGUGAACGAGCAGCUGAACUGGACUGAGGCUCAGAGUUUCUGCAGAAACAACUUCACUGAUCUGGCCACCAUAGAAAACAUAGCUGAUGUUAACGCUGUUACGAACACCGGGAAACAAUCAGACUACACUGGCAAAGCCUGGAUAGGUCUCUAUGAUGACUUGGUGAACAGUUGGAGAUGGUCUCUGAAUGACAGCAGCUUCUAUGGGGAAGGAGAAACAACGUACAGAAACUGGGAUUCUGGUCAGCCCAACAAUCUUGGUGGACAGCAGUACUGUGUGGCGCUUCUUGCUCCGGAUCCAUACUUUGGCACAUGGGAUGACAGAUUGUGUAGUGAUCAACUGAGCUUUGUGUGCUACAACGGUACUGCUGCAGAUGGGACACCAAUAUAUAUUAAGAAUGAGUUAGUAGCAAACUGGACCGAAGCUCAGAGAAUAUGCAGGAGGGAUUAUGUUGAUCUAGUCAGCAUACGAAAUCAGACAGAAAAUAACAACAUCACACAACUGGCAAAUGGAUCUUUUGUGUGGAUCGGCCUGUAUCGGGAAAAAGUGUGGUCCGAUGGGAGCGAAUCUCUGUUUCGACACUGGGCUACAGGGCAACCAAAUUCUGGCCUGCAGCAGUGUGUGGCCACAAUGGUUAAUGGCUCAGAAGAAGGACGAUGGUCGGAUGAAGACUGUGCCACCAGUUUACCAUUCAUCUGUUACUCAAGAACAAACUUCAGAUCAGCUGGACAAAAUGAGACCAGCAUCACUCUGCAGUGGAAUAAAGUCAACGACAACGUCAGCUUCAUUCUCCAGUUUAAUGGUACAGAGACAAACAUCAUGGCACCAACUGGAGAUGGACCAGUAAUUCACACAGUCUCAUCUCUCACUGCUGGAACUACAUACACAUUCACUCUCUUCUCUGUGUUUGAGAACAUCAGAAGCAGUGGAUUACAACUUACAGCAGUCACUGCUCCUCUGAACACAGAUAACUUCAGAUCAGCAGAACAAAAUGAGACCAGUAUCACUCUGCAGUGGAAUAAAGUCAACAACAACAUCAGCUUUAUUCUCCAGUUUAAUGGUACAGAGACAAACAUCAUGGCACCAACUGGAGAUGGACCAGUAACUCACACAGUCUCAUCUCUCACUGCUGGAACUACAUACACAUUCACUCUCUUCUCUGUGUUUGAGAACGUCAGAAGCAGUGGAUUACAACUUACAGCAGUCACUGCUCCUCAAAACACAGAUAACUUCAGAUCAGCAGAACAAAAUGAGACCAGUAUCACUCUGCAGUGGAAUAAAGUCAACGACAACGUCAGCUUUAUUCUCCAGUUUAAUGGUACAGAGACAAACAUCAUCGCACCAACUGGAGAUGGACCAGUAACUCACACAGUCUCAUCUCUCACUGCUGGAACUACAUACACAUUCGCUCUCUUCUCUGUGUUUGAGAAUGUCAGAAGCAGUGGAUUACAACUUACAGCAGUCACUGCUCCUCAAAACACAGAUAACUUCAGAUCAGCAGAACAAAAUGCGACCAGUAUCACUCUGCAGUGGAAUAAAGUCAACAACAAUGUCAGCUUUAUUCUCCAGUUUAAUGGUACAGAUACAAACAUCAUGGCACCAACUGGAGAUGGACCAGUAAAUCACACAGUCUCAUCUCUCACUGCUGGAACUACAUACACAUUCACUCUCUUCUCUGUGUUUGAGAACGUCAGAAGCAGUGGAUUACAACUUACAGCAGUCACUGCUCCUCUGAACACAGAUAACUUCAGAUCAGCAGAACAAAAUGAGACUAGUAUCACUCUGCAGUGGAAUAAAGUCAACGACAAUGUCAGCUUUAUUCUCCAGUUUAAUGGUACAGAGACAAACAUCAUCGCACCAACUGGAGAUGGACCAGUAAAUCACACAGUCUCAUCUCUCACUGCUGGAACUACAUACACAUUCACUCUCUUCUCUGUGUUUGAGAACGUCAGAAGCAGUGGAUUACAACUUACGACAGUCACAGCUCCUCAAAACACAGAUACCUUCAGAUCAGCAGGACAAAAUGAGACCAGUAUCACUCUGCAGUGGAAUGAAGUCAACAACAACGUCAGCUUCAUUCUCCAGUUUAAUGGUACAGAGACAAACAUCAUGGCACCAACUGGAGAUGGACCAGUAACUCACACAGUCUCAUCUCUCACUGCUGGAACUACAUACACAUUCACUCUCUUCUCUGUGUUUGAGAAUGUCAGAAGCAGUGGAUUACAACUUACAGCAGUCACUGCUCCUCAAAACACAGAUAACUUCAGAUCAGCAGAACAAAAUGAGACCAGUAUCACUCUGCAGUGGAAUAAAGUCAACAACAAUGUCAGCUUUAUUCUCCAGUUUAAUGGUACAGAGACAAACAUCAUCACACCAACUGGAGAUGGACCAGUAACUCACACAGUCUCAUCUCUCACUGCUGGAACUACAUACACAUUCACUCUCUUCUCUGUGUUUGAGAACGUCAGAAGCAGUGGAUUACAACUUACGGCAGUCACUGCUCCUCUGAACACAGAUAACUUCAGAUCAGCAGAACAAAAUGAGACGAGUAUCACUCUGCAGUGGAAUAAAGUCAACAACAACGUCAGCUUUAUUCUCCAGUUUAAUGGUACAGAGACAAACAUCAUUGCACCAACUGGAGAUGGACCAGUAACUCACACAGUCUCAUCUCUCAUUGCUGGAACUACAUACACAUUCGCUCUCUUCUCUGUGUUUGAGAACAUCAGAAGCAGUGGAUUACAACUUACAGCAGUCACUGCUCCUCAAAACACAGAUAACUUCAGAUCAGCAGAACAAAAUGAGACCAGUAUCACUCUGCAGUGGAAUAAAGUCAACAACAACGUCAGCUUUAUUCUCCAGUUUAAUGGUACAGAGACAAACAUCAUCACACCAACUGGAGAUGGACCAGUAACUCACACAGUCUCAUCUCUCACUGCUGGAACUACAUACACAUUCACUCUCUUCUCUGUGUUUGAGAACGUCAGAAGCAGUGGAUUACAACUUACGGCAGUCACUGCUCCUCAAAACACAGAUACCUUUAGAUCAGCAGGACAAAAUGAGACUAGUAUCACACUGCAGUGGAAUCAAAUCAACAACAAUGUCAGCUUCAUCCUCCAGUUUAAUGGUACAGAGAUAAACAUCAUCACACCAACUGGAGAUGGACCAGUAACUCACACAGUCUCAUCUCUCACUGCUGGAACUACAUACACAUUCACUCUCUUCUCUGUGUUUGAGAACGUCAGAAGCAGUGGAUUACAACUUACAGCAGUCACUGCUCCUCCAAACACAGAUACGUUUGGAUCAGCAGGACAAAAUGAGACUAGUAUCACGCUGCAGUGGAAUCAAAUCAACAACAAUGUCAGCUUCAUCCUCCAGUUUAAUGGUACAGAGACAAACAUCAUUGCACCAACUGGAGAUGGACCAGUAACUCACACAGUCUCAUCUCUCACUGCUGGAACUACAUACACAUUCACUCUCUUCUCUGUGUUUGAGAACGUCAGAAGCAGUGGAUUACAAUUUACAGCAGUCACUGCUCCUCUGAACACCGAUACCUUCAGAUCAGCAGGACAAAAUGAGACUAGUAUCACUCUGCAGUGGAAUCAAAUCAACAAUAAUGUCAGCUUUAUUCUCCAGUUUAAUGGUACAGAGACAAACAUCAUCGCACCAACUGGAGAUGGACCAGUAACUCACACAGUCUCAUCUCUCACUGCUGGAACUACAUACACAUUCACUCUCUUCUCUGUGUUUGAGAACGUCAGAAGCAGUGGAUUACAACUUACGACAGUCACAGCUCCUCAAAACACAGAUAACUUCAGAUCAGCAGAACAAAAUGAGACCAGUAUCACUCUGCAGUGGAAUAAAGUCAACGACAACGUCAGCUUUAUUCUCCAGUUUAAUGGUACAGAGACAAACAUCAUGGCACCAACUGGAGAUGGACCAGUAACUUACACAGUCUCAUCUCUCACUGCUGGAACUACAUACACAUUCACUCUCUUCUCUGUGUUUGAGAACGUCAGAAGCAGUGGAUUACAACUUACAGCAGUCACUGCUCCUCUGAACACAGAUAACUUCAGAUCAGCAGGACAAAAUGAGACCAGUAUCACUCUGCAGUGGAAUAAAGUCAACAACAAUGUCAGCUUCAUUCUCCAGUUUAAUGGUACAGAGACAAACAUCAUUGCACCAACUGGAGAUGGACCAGUAACUUACACAGUCUCAUCUCUCACUGCUGGAACUACAUACACAUUCACUCUCUUCUCUGUGUUUGAGAACGUCAGAAGCAGUGGAUUACAACUUACAGCAGUCACUGCUCCUCCAAACACAGAUACCUUCAGAUCAGCAGGACAAAAUGAGACCAGUAUCACUCUGCAGUGGAAUAAAGUCAACGACAACGUCAGCUUUAUUCUCCAGUUUAAUGGUACAGAGACAAACAUCAUGGCACCAACUGGAGAUGGACCAGUAAAUCACACAGUCUCAUCUCUCACUGCUGGAACUACAUACACAUUCACUCUCUUCUCUGUGUUUGAGAACGUCAGAAGCAGUGGAUUACAACUUACAGCAGUCACUGCUCCUCAAAACACAGAUACCUUCAGAUCAGCAGGACAAAAUGAGACCAGUAUCACGCUGGAGUGGAAUCAAAUCAACAACAAUGUCAGCUUCAUCCUCCAGUUUAAUGGUACAGAGACAAACAUCAUCACACCAACUGGAGAUGGACCAGUAACUCACACAGUCUCAUCUCUCACUGCUGGAACUACAUACACAUUCACUCUCUUCUCUGUAUUUGAGAACGUCAGAAGCAGUGGAUUACAACUUACAGCAGUCACUGCUCCUCAAAACACAGAUAACUUCAGAUCAGCAGAACAAAAUGAGACCAGUAUCACUCUGCAGUGGAAUAAAGUCAACUACAACGUCAGCUUUAUUCUCCAGUUUAAUGGUACAGAGACAAACAUCAUCACACCAACUGGAGAUGGACCAGUAACUCACACAGUCUCAUCUCUCACUGCUGGAACUACAUACACAUUCACUCUCUUCUCUGUGUUUGAGAACGUCAGAAGCAGUGGAUUACAAUUUACAGCAGUCACUGCUCCUCAAAACACAGAUACCUUUAGAUCAGCAGGACAAAAUGAGACUAGUAUCACUCUGCAGUGGAAUCAAAUCAACAACAAUGUCAGCUUCAUCCUCCAGUUUAAUGGUACAGAGAUAAACAUCAUCACACCAACUGGAGAUGGACCAGUAACUCACACAGUCUCAUCUCUCACUGCUGGAACUCCAUACACAUUCACUCUCUUCUCUGUGUUUGAGAACAUCAGAAGCAGUGGAUUACAACUUACAGCAGUCACUGCUCCUCAAAACACAGAUAACUUCAGAUCAGCACAACAAAAUGAGACUAGUAUCACUCUGCAGUGGAAUAAAGUCAACGACAACGUCAGCUUUAUUCUCCAGUUUAAUGGUACAGAGACAAACAUCAUGGCACCAACUGGAGAUGGACCAGUUACUCACACAGUCUCAUCUCUCACUGCUGGAACUACAUACACAUUCACUCUCUUCUCUGUGUUUGAGAACGUCAGAAGCAGUGGAUUACAACUUACAGCAGUCACUGCUCCUCUGAACACCGAUACCUUCAGAUCAGCAGGACAAAAUGAGACUAGUAUCACUCUGCAGUGGAAUCAAAUCAACAAUAAUGUCAGCUUUAUUCUCCAGUUUAAUGGUACAGAGACAAACAUCAUCGCACCAACUGGAGAUGGACCAGUAACUCACACAGUCUCAUCUCUCACUGCUGGAACUACAUACACAUUCACUCUCUUCUCUGUGUUUGAGAACGUCAGAAGCAGUGGAUUACAACUUACGACAGUCACUGCUCCUCAAAACACAGAUACCUUCAGAUCAGCAGGACAAAAUGAGACUAGUAUCACGCUGCAGUGGAAUAAAGUCAACAAUAAUGUCAGCUUUAUUCUCCAGUUUAAUGGUACAGAGACAAACAUCAUCGCACCAACUGGAGAUGGACCAGUAACUCACACAGUCUCAUCUCUCACUGCUGGAACUACAUACACAUUCACUCUCUUCUCUGUGUUUGAGAACGUCAGAAGCAGUGGAUUACAACUUACAGCAGUCACUGCUCCUCCAAACACAGAUACCUUCAGAUCAGCAGGACAAAAUGAGACCAGUAUCACUCUGCAGUGGAAUGAAGUCAACAACAAUGUCAGCUUCAUUCUCCAGUUUAAUGGUACAGAGACAAACAUCAUGGCACCAACGGGAGAUGGACCAGUAAAUCACACAGUCUCAUCUCUCACUGCUGGAACUACAUACACAUUCACUCUCUUCUCUGUGUUUGAGAACAUCAGAAGCAGUGGAUUACAACUUACAGCAGUCACUGCUCCUCAAAACACAGAUACCUUCAGAUCAGCAGGACAAAAUGAGACCAGUAUCACUCUGCAGUGGAAUAAAGUCAACAACAAUGUCAGCUUUAUUCUCCAGUUUAAUGGUACAGAGACAAACAUCAUGGCACCAACUGGAGAUGGACCAGUAAAUCACACAGUCUCAUCUCUCACUGCUGGAACUACAUACACAUUCGCUCUCUUCUCUGUGUUUGAGAAUGUCAGAAGCAGUGGAUUACAACUUACGACAGUCACUGCUCCACUGAACAACGAUACCUUCAGGUCAGCAGGACAAAAUGAGACCAGUAUCACUCUGCAGUGGAAUAAAGUCAACAACAAUGUCAGCUUUAUUCUCCAGUUUAAUGGUACAGAUACAAACAUCAUUGCACCAUCUGGAGAUGGACCAGUAACUCACACAGUCUCAUCUCUCACUGCUGGAACUACAUACACAUUCACUCUCUUCUCUGUGUUUGAGAACGUCAGAAGCAGUGGAUUACAACUUACAGCAGUCACUGCUCCUCUGAACACCGAUACCUUCAGAUCAGCAGGACAAAAUGAGACCAGUAUCACUCUGCAGUGGAACAAAGUCAACAGCAAUGUCAGCUUUAUUCUCCAGUUUAAUGGUACAGAGACAAACAUCAUCACACCAACUGGAGAUGGACCAGUAAAUCACACAGUCUCAUCUCUCACUGCUGGAACUACAUACACAUUCACUCUCUUCUCUGUGUUUGAGAAUGUCAGAAGCAGUGGAUUACAACUUACAGCAGUCACUGCUCCACUGAACACAGAUACCUUCAGAUCAACAGGACAAAAUGAGACCAGUAUCACUCUGCAGUGGAAUAAAGUCAACAACAAUGUCAGCUUUAUUCUCCAGUUUAAUGGUACAGAUACAAACAUCAUUGCACCAACUGGAGAUGGACCAGUAACUCACACAGUCUCAUCUCUCACUGCUGGAACUACAUACACAUUCACUCUCUUCUCUGUGUUUGAGAACAUCAGAAGCAGUGGAUUCCAACUCACAGCAGUCACUGCUCCUCAAAACACAGAUACCUUCAGAUCAAUAGGACAAAAUGAGACUAGUAUCACUCUGCAGUGGAAUAAAGUCAACAACAAUGUCAGCUUUAUUCUCCAGUUUAAUGGUACAGAGACAAACAUCAUCACACCAACUGGAGAUGGACCAGUAACUCACACAGUCUCAUCUCUCACUGCUGGAACUACAUACACAUUCACUCUCUUCUCUGUGUUUGAGAAUGUCAGAAGCAGUGGAUUACAACUUACAGCAGUCACUGCUCCUCAAAACACAGAUACCUUCAGAUCAGCAGGACAAAAUGAGACCAGUAUCACUCUGCAGUGGAAUAAAGUCAACAACAAUGUCAGCUUUAUUCUCCAGUUUAAUGGUAGAGAGACAAACAUCAGAGCACCAACUGGAGAUGGACCAGUAACUCACACAGUCUCAUCUCUCACUGCUGGAACUACAUACACAUUCACUCUCUUCUCUGUGUUUGAGAACGUCAGAAGUAGUGGAUUACAACUUACAGCAGUCACUGCUCCUCAAAACACAGAAAGCUUCAGACCAGCACAACAAAAUGAGACCAGUAUCACUCUGCAGUGGAAUAAAGUCAACAACAAUGUCAGCUUUAUUCUCCUGUUUAAUGGUACAGAGAUAAACAUCAGAGCACCAACUGGAGAUGGACCAGUAAUUCACACAGUCUCAUCUCUCACUGCUGGAACUACAUACACAUUUACUCUCUUCUCUGUGUUUGAGAAUGUCAGAAGCAGUGGAUUACAACUUACAGCAGUCACUGUUCCUCCAAAAGCCGAACUCUUUAGACUGGUAGGACAAAAUGAGACCAGUAUCACUCUGCAGUGGAGUAAAGUCAACAACAACGUCAGCUUUAUUCUCCAGUUUAAUGGUAGAGAGACAAACAUCAUCGCACCAACUGGAGUUGGACCACUAACUCACACAGUCUCAUCUCUCACUGCUGGAACUACAUACACAUUCACUCUCUUCUCUGUGUUUGAGAACGUCAGAAGCAGUGGAUUACAACUCACAGCAGUCACAGCUCCUCAAAAUGCAAGAAACUUCGGAUCAUCAGGACAAAAUGAGACCAGUAUCACUCUGCAGUGGAAUAAACUGAGCAACAAUGUCAGCUUUAUUCUCCGGUUUAAUGGCACAGAGACAAACAUCAUCGCACCAACUGGAGAUGGACCAGUAACUCACACAGUCUCAUCUCUCACUGCUGGAACUACAUACACAUUCACUCUCUUUUCUGUGUUUGAGAACAUCAGAAGCAGUGGAGUCAGCGUCACAGUAGCUACUGGGCCUUUUUAUGUUGUUGGAUUGAACGUAAGAUUAAGGUCAUUUGGUCAGCUGUCAGAGUCAGAGCUACAGGUUUUGUUGGAGCAGUUCUUCAGACAAUACGGAGUGUCGCCACAGUCGUUGUCCCUGAAGGUUCUGUCGGUUCAGCCAUGAGACCAGCAGCCGUGUUUUUGAGUUUUGAAUGUUUUCUUUAACCACGUUUAGUUUUUCAUGUGUAAUCCCAGGUCCUACCUCACAGCCUAACCUUCCACUAGUAGAGAAAAGGCGAUGGAAAGGAGGAGAACUGAUGUGCAAUGCCGUGCAAAAAAAUCCCAAAAACAACAUAUUUUUAUAUGGCGUAUACUUUAUUUCUUCAUAUUCAUAUCAAACAUUAACUCCUCUUUUUUGUAAUAAUUGUAUUCUAUCCUUUAUAAUAUUGUUAUACAUUGUCAAAUUGAAAUAAAGUGUCUCAGAAUGAA